ACUAUAAAAGACCUUAGUGGAAGGUCUCAAGGGAUUAGUCGGUUGAAUUGGGUCGUUCGAAGCGGGUUUCGGGACGGGACGAUAGUUACGAUGCGCAAGAUUCGGUACAAUUUGCUCGAGGACGACUCGUCGGUGAAGGACGUGAUCGAGUUGGUGGUAUCGCAAGGACCCAAGGAUGAACCGGUGCACAUCCUGGACCUGGACGACGUCGUGGCCAAGCAUCAAAACUGGCGACGGAAGCUGCCCCGCGUGGAUCCGUUCUACGCCGUCAAGUGUAACGACGAUCCAGCUAUUGUGCAAACUUUGAUCGCGCUCGGAGCUGGCUUCGACUGUGCCUCGAAGGCUGAAAUUGAACUCGUGCUUCAACGGGGUGGAGAUCCGUCCAGAAUCAUCUACGCUCACACGGCCAAAUCGAUUGACUCGUUGGUGUACGCGAAGGCCUGCGGGAUAAAUCUGAUGACCUUUGACGGUGAGAUCGAACUGGACAAGAUCAAUCAAGUGCAUCCGGAAGCGUCGUUGGUUCUACGCAUCCGUUACGACUCGGCCAACGCUCAAGUGUCACUGGGCAAAAAGUUCGGAUGUGAUCCGGAGCAUGAAGCUCCACAACUCCUGCGCUAUGCCAAAUCACUUGGACUGUCGGUGGUUGGGAUAAGCUUCCACGUUGGCUCGGGUAACAGUGAUCAUGAGUGUUUCUACGGGGCCAUCAAGGCAGCCAAAAAGUUGUUCGAUUACGCUCAAUCCCUCGGAUUCGAUCUUCGAUUGCUGGACAUUGGUGGCGGAUAUCCGGGAGAUCACGACAAACCCAUCGAUCCGUACGCAACCACCAUCAACGGAGCUCUCCAGCGAUUCUUCCCCCUGAAGUCGAAUGUUCGGGUCAUUGCAGAACCAGGAACCUAUUACGUCGCUUCAGCCGUAACGCUGAUCGCAAACGUUCAGUCAAAGCGAAUCGUACGAACGCCCCAGGGAACCGUCCGAGAGCUGAUGUACUAUCUCAACGACGGAUUGUUCGGCUCGUUCGACUGGCUGAAUCCUCGCAAGUACCCGCCGCAGGUCAUUCCCGGAAAUCGACAGCUGGUUCGCUCGAGGGAGCUGUUCUCGACGACCCUGUGGGGCCCUACGUGCGACUCAACGGACCUGAUUCUAUCGGGAAUGGCCAUGGAGGAGCUGCAGAUCGGGGAUUUCCUCGUGUUUGACGAUAUGGGAGCGUACGGAACGGUUCUGGCGACCAACUUCAACGGGUUUGCCAAGCCCAAGGUGAUGGUGUACAUCAGCAGGAGGUCGUGGGAGCAGCUGGAGCUGGAGAAGCGAAACAGGCGGACGAAGCGGAAGGUUCACUAGGGUUGAUUUGAUGUUUUGUAAUAGCUAUUUAUUAUUUUUAUAUUGAUCUAGUGAUAUUUCUAAGGCAUGUUUCUAUGACGUUUGUGAUCUUGAUAGCCUAAUUUAUAAUUUAAAAUUGUUCAUGCACCAUUCUUUAAUUAUUAAAUUUAAAUUAAAUAUAUUAGGGAGAAAA